AUGCGCAUUGUCACAGCACCGUCUGACCGCCCAAGAGACCGCGAGGCAGUGAGGCACAGAGAGAGGAGAGGCGCAGGUGAACGGAGAGGCGGCGGUUUGCAGCGGACGCCGUUCCCUUUGAAAAACGGCGCCUCUGCCGCUCUUGUCCAGAACCUUCAGCGCCAUUUGCCAUGGAGCACUACCAGAAAAUAUGCCACAAAUUUCCCAGUUCUCGCCGAUGGCUGGAACGGUUGGCAGUCGGGUGCCGCAAGUCUUGCGACGGCGCCCCGGGAAUGGACCCUGUGUGCCUACCUGUGUAACUGUGUACCUGGGGGGGAUGUGGUAAAUCUCAAUCACCACCCAAUCGAACUGUGGCGUGCCGCCGUACGUGAGUCGAAGCCAACAGCCAACAACGCCAACGCCAUCCAUCCAUCCACCAUUGGAUCUAUCCAUCCAUCCCGCCGACUGCCGCCGUGUGGUAUUCUGUACCUUGCCUUAUGUGGUGUUUUCAUACUUUCUACCGCCCGACGGCGAUUUACCGUGGAUACCAACGAUGGAACAAAGCAGAAGAAAAAAAAGAUCAAUAUUGGGAAAACAAUAACAUGUCAUGGCCCAUACUGCGUACAAUUCGGGGAGAAGCAUCAGUCAGUCGACUUUCUCCACAAGUCCACAAGCAACCCACCCCGGUCGUCAGUCCCCUUCCGACGACCAGAAAAAGGUGAAGCACAAGCCUUGAUUGAGACUAGUGCCAAGAACGGCCCUGGGACUUUCCUCCCGAGAGUAAAAUUCUCUGGCAUACGGAGGAUGAGGGUUAGGUUACCUCGCAGCAGUGGUGAUACGGAAACGGAGUCGCAAGAAGCAGGAGUCGACGUGUCUGCCACAGAGCUGGGCGGCGUGGCACCGGCACCGAUAUUGCCAAAAAGUCGCGGCUUUUCGCAUCAACCCCAAAUGGGAGCCAAGCCCUCGGUGCACGGAUAUUUCGGUACGUAUCCCCUUUUCCUCAGACACGCGCAGGCUUCGCAGGCUGGCGGCAGCACCGCUGGGCAGUGUGCGCUGGAGCGCUGGGCGCUGGGCAGAGUCUCCAGGUCCUACCUAGGUCCAGCCCACCUUUGCCGAUACGUACCUUUCUCCCUCCUUGCUGUCCCCCGUCUUCCCCGUCCGUCACCAUUUCUCUCCCGUCGCCUCUCCCAAUUCCCGCUGGUCACUGGAUCCAAGUCUUCGCCGUCGUCUAACUGUCCCGUCUUUUCUCGUCCCUUUCUCGGCUUCUACUCCUUGUUCUGCCGCAGAUGUACCUUGACGUUAUUCACUUGUGCUGAGCACUGUCUGUCGUCUGCCCCGUCUGGCCUCAGUCUCGGCCUGUCUCUUUUGCAUCUUUUCUCUCUCCCCUCACGAUCCUGCAAUGAGGCAACACCUCGGGGCCAGUACCUCGUCCGUCACAAUGUCGCAAAGGUACAUCCUCGCGUGGUCCACUCACACACGCCACACACCCCUCCAGGACCCAAAGACCACACCUCAGGGCCCCAGGUCAAGGUCAAGGUCAAGGUCGAGCACCAAAGCACACCAAGCAAGCACACACGCACAUGGAGACACGCACAAGUGACAAACCUGGGCCAGGGACUGCGUACGGACAGGCUACAAGGUACGGAUGCUGAGAGCAGGUACCUGGAUUCAUGUACCGCUGACACCCCCGGUCAUCUUCCCUCCUUGUAUGUACCUUACCUUAUCCCCCUACUCCUGGGUACUCCUACUCCUACUCCUACUACCUAG